AACUCUGCAAUAUGGUUCAUCAGAGGCGAAAGAGUGAUCGUGAAGCUGUUUCUGAGGAUGAUUGCCUGUGUGCUAUAAGUUGGUUGAAGCUAAAUAUGGCUCAAGGAUUUGUGAUUGUUGAUGACGUAGAGAGACGGUUAUCUUGGACCACUGGCUGUGCAAUUGAUGCAUUCGACACUUUACUAGACGAGGGUCUUGCAAUGAUUGAUGAUGGCCACAAAGAUGGUAUUCGCCGAUAUUGGUUCCCUUGUGUAUCUUCCAUAUCGACUCCAGGAGGAGCUGACACUUAACAAACAUGAGGCUUCUCAAUAAUACCGGAGUUCAAAAGGGUUAUGUGUGCAUACUGAAUGAUGGCUGAUUUUUCUGUGAUUUCCUUUUGUAAUACUAGUUGGUCAAACAGACUGCUGAUGUAUAAAGGAGACAUUUGCAGGGAAUAACUCAUGUUACUUCCCUCUAUGUUACAAAUAGUUUUAUUGAUGAAGUAUAUUGGAAGAUCAUGAUGCUCUGCAAUGAAACUUAACACAAAUUUUUUGUA